AUGGAAACAGUGGGUAACAUACUAAUACCCCAGGGUGGUACCGGCAAUGCCGGAGAAUCCACCCCUAGGCCUAGCCUAGGCAGCCCCAUCGUAUCUGGGGGGGGCAACACACUGUUUUGCGGCGAUACAUCUACAUCGUCCGCGGGUCGCCUAACAUCCAGGGACCAACUUAGUAAGGAGGAAGCCGUGCUGGGAGAUCCCAUUAACUCGGCACGAUACUCAAGGGGAAGACGUGGAAGACGGGGGCGAUUAGCUCAAUCUGGAGAAUUAAAAGAAGCUGAGUCUGAUGGUUCACAGCUGUCACUCGCAUCGGUUGCUUCGGAGGAUACGCGAAAAAGAAAGGCAAAGGCUCCGAGUAUUAAAUCGGUGGCCGCUAAAUACAAGGCAGUAGCAGCCUCUGCCUCGGCAACUCCUACUGAAGUGGAGGAUAUGGCCACUGAGAUUGAUACGGAAGAGGACUUUGCCGACCUCUCAGUGGUAUCAUCCAAGUCCAGGGCCAAAUCAACUUUGCCUAGUACAGAGGAGUUUGCGUUAGAACUGCGAUCUCAGGCAGGCAGAAAAGUUGAAGAACACAUAGACCGUCAACUUCAAGCCAUUGAGGAGGUAGCAAACCGAUCCCGCAAUUUAAAGGGAAGCUACGUUCAGAGCCUAAGGUUAGCCGUGCGGAAUGUAAAAGCCGCGGCUAAUGAGCUGGCCCGGAGGUCCGCCGCUGACGAAAAUAUCGCAAGACUAGAGAGAGAAAAUGCUGAACUUCGUUCAGCGCUUUCUAGCCUUAGCAACAGGGCGGAUAAAAUGACGGAGGAAAUUAAUUACCUUCGUAAACAAACACAUGAAAGAGUCAAUGUCUCUAAGUCAUCUGCUCAAUCAACCGCAGAUGCUCCAAUGCCCAUUAGCGGAGAGGAGGCACUAAUGGAACGCAUUGGAGCGUUUAUUGAGAGUAAAUUGGCGGCUCUCGAAUCUCGGUUGUUAUCGAAUAAGGCGCUACGCCCACCACUGGGAGUGAAGUCCAUGACGGUUGUCACUGAGCAAUUAACAACGCCGAUGCAGUCGCUUUCAGCCGAUGCACGAUCGCAAAAGAAGAAAAAUAAAAAGAAGGCGAGGAAACGGCAGAAGCCGACAUAUCCACCUGUGGCAGAUCUACCUGCUGUAGCGAAGCCUGUGCUGCAAACUUCUGCGUCUACAGGAACAAGGUCUUGGGCGGACGUGGCUAAAAGACCAAAAGUACACCAGACGACACAAAAGUCGCCGAUGAACUAUGUGUCCAACGAACAGUCCACGAAGAUGAAAAGGAAACCUGUCCGUGCCCCAACAUCUGCGGCUGUAACAAUUACUUUACGAGAGGGUUCCACCGCUACCUACGGCAGCAUAAUGAAGGACGCCAAAGCGAAAAUUCAGCUAGAGGAACUCGGAAUCGAGGGCAAGGUUUCUGUUGCUAAGGCUAGAAUUUUUACUCCAGUUACCCUAGGUGUUCUUACAGCUGUUUGCAAAGAAAAAGCGGAAGACUUUAAUGUUGGAGUAUAUGAUGGCAGCCUGGAACAUGAAUUUCUUAUUCGUCAAGCAACAACUGUUAAUGUUAAUGCGGCAACUCAACUUCUUACAGUAACAUUAAUUGCCAUACAAGAUACAAGUGAAAGAUUAAGGGAUGCAUUAACAAAAGAGAUUUGUCUAGUGCAGCAAGCUAUGGAAUGGGGGGAGGGCACACCACCAGACCACUGGGAUCAACUAAUAGCUGUUAGAGGCUCACUCUGCGACUUGAGACACAAUCUAAGAACCCUUUUUAGUUACAUGGAUUACGCUGAAAAGUUAGCAACAGCUGCUGCUGAAAUUUCUUACCUUUCAGGGAAUGUUGCAGCGUCUGAUGCUAUCUGUGAAAGAAUUGACCAUGUUUCCAGAACUUGCAACACUCAAAAACAGUUGAAUCAUGUGCUUCAACAAGAAAGCUUAGAAUUACAGCAGAGGGCAAUCAUAACUUCACCUGAACUUGAAGAAAAACUUAAAUCUGAUGAAAAGCCUAUUGAAAAAACACCUGACACUGAAAAAUUA